AUAUGAAAUAAACUUCUUUUAGGAACAAAGUUAAAUUAAAAAAAAUAAGAAAGUGUUUUAACUAAAACAAUUGUAGAAAAGAAAAACUUUAGAAUCCGCAUAGAGAAUCUAACUCGCGCAGGUGAAAGUUAAGUCCGGGCAUGGAAGUAGGUAAUUGGGUCCUCGAACGUUUUCCCCCUCGACGCCUCACCGCCCCUUCGAUUUCUCUUCUUUGCCUCUUUGUUCGUUUAGUUCGAUUAGAAAAAGAGGAAAAUGGUCGGUGUUUAGGUUGAAUGGGUGGUGGGGGAGCGCCCCCGUCCACGUGACCUCGUCGACCCCACUUUCGAAACUCUUCGCCCACCUUUCCUCUACUGACGCGUCUUCGCGCGUUGUGAACGUUUUAAAGUUUUAAGCAGUGGUCCCCUUUUCGGGGGGUUUUUUCGCCCCUCCUGGUCUCUCCACGCAACAGGUUCUUAUUUCGGGGGUUACCUCAAGGACUUUACUGUCAAAACAUUUCAAAAUAAGAUUAAAAAAUGAAUUUUACUCCUUUCGGUGUUGGUGUGCCCCUUACGGCGGCACUUCCGGUUGGCACGCAAUUCACAACAGGAAAAAUAACGCAAACGGGCACGACGACGAACGGACAAGUCGUCGGGGUGCUUCAAGGUUGUGAAAAUGGGGUACAUUACAUCCGGCCUUUGGAUGCGAAUGCUUUUGCGACGACGACACAAGCCCAAACUGCCCCCGCUGGACAACAGACGCUAAUUACAUUACCGAUUACGAUGCCAGGGGCGAAGCCCGGCGAUCCACAACAAACUGUGCAAAUACAGGUAGUUAAUUCGGCAGCGCAACCUCCAACAUCUCAAGCUCAGUCGCCAAAGUAUCAAAUCUCGCAAAUACCGAUUCAAACGUUUGGACAAGGUGCUACUGUUCUCACUGUUGCUUAUAAUUCUACGCAGGAUGGUAUACAAAUUUUGGAUGGUCAAAAUGGAAUACCAGAAGGUAUGACAGUGGUGGCAGCUAUUCAACCCCAAGAUAUACAAAUAAUUCCCGCCCAAACCAUUGACACAUCAAAUUCUGAUAAAACAGGAAAGGAACUUAUAACCCCUGUGGCAUUAAUAAAAAGUGAAAAUAACAAAGACGAUGUUGAAACGACGAUAUCAAUGCCCACGACAUACAUCCAAACAAAUUCCGUACAAGAAUACCUAAAAAUGCACAACAACUCGUUACCGUUGGGUUUGCAACAAUUCCUAAAAUUCAACAACACGGAAGUAAAACGGGAACAAAUCACCGAAGACGGAGUCAUCGAGACAGUCGUUGAAACGGAAGCGACCGGCCAAACGCUAAUCAUGAACGAAAUAGUCGAAGAUAUCGAACCUGAAGAACAAGGAACCGGCGGAACCGACGACAAAACGAAAAAGAAGAAAAAAUACAAAAAGAAACCACCAAAACCGAAAAAACCAAAACCCGGUCAAGUUCAUAUAGCAACAGCUUUAGAUGGAACCACGCUAUUUUGUUGUCCAGAAUGUCAUAUGGCGUAUCCAGAAAAAGAACUUUUAGAACAACACUUGAUUGGGCACAAAAUUGAAAGGCGGUUUAUUUGCGAUAUUUGCGGCGCUGGAUUAAAAAGGAAAGAACAUUUAGAACGACACAAAUUGGGUCAUAACCCCGAACGACCUUACGUGUGUUCGGUUUGUAUGAAAGGUUUUAAACGGAAAGAGCACCUCAAUUUGCACUACGUUAUUCAUUCGGGUGAAAAAACCGAAAUUUGCACGGAGUGUGGGAAAGGAUUUUAUCGAAAAGAUCAUUUAAGAAAACAUGCGAGAUCGCACGUAGCACGGAGGGCGAAGGAAGCGCUACAACAACAACAACAACAACAGCAGCAACAACAACAAACGGGGAUUAAAGAAGCAACAGUUACAAUUCAGGUGCCGAAUUCUCAAUUACAAAUCCCGUUGCAAAUACAAGUACCGCAACACCACCUUCAAGUGGCGGGAAGUCCAGAGGAGGAGUCCCCGCAAGUGAGUACAGUCGUUUUGCCGGCUUCGGACCCAUUGGCGAUUGUACCCCACUAAAACGGGGUGAUCGUUUUAAAAUAGGUGUACAUAUAAGAUUGUAUAUUACUUGUAUCUGUAUAUUAAAGAAGAAAGAUUUUUUUGGUAA